UGCCCGGCCAAUGGGCGAAGCGGCCCCGCCUGUUCCGCCGCCGGCAGCUUCAGGGCCGGCGUGUCCGCCUCCGCGUGUCAGUGCUGCCGUUCCGCUCCGCUGGGCCCCAGCCGCCGCUUCGUCCCGUCCCGCGAGAUGGCCCCGAAGAAGGCAGGCGAUGGGGUGAAGGCUCAUCCGAUUAUCGGCAGGUUCGGGACGUCCCUGAAGAUCGGGAUCGUCGGGCUGCCCAACGUUGGGAAAUCCACGUUUUUCAAUGUGUUAACAAAGAGCCAAGCAGCAGCAGAGAAUUUUCCUUUCUGUACUAUUGACCCAAAUGAGAGUCGAGUUCCUGUGCCCGAUGACAGGUUUGACUUCCUGUGUCAGUACCACAAGCCUCCAAGCAAAAUUCCAGCCUUUCUGAACGUAGUGGAUAUUGCUGGCCUUGUGAAAGGAGCCCAUACCGGCCAAGGCUUAGGAAAUUCCUUUUUGUCUCAUAUUAACGCCUGUGAUGGGAUCUUUCAUCUGAUGCGAGCAUUUGAUGAUGAUGAUAUCACUCAUGUGGAAGGAAGUGUAGAUCCUGUUCGAGACAUUGAAAUAAUACACGAGGAACUUAGACUUAAAGAUGAAGAACUGAUCACUCAGAGUAUAGACAAGCUAGAAAAAGUAGCUGUGAGAGGAGGAGACAAAAAGUUGAAACCUGAAUACGAUGUAAUGUGCAAAAUCAAAACCUGGGUAAUAGACGAAAAGAAGGCUGUCCGCUUCUAUCAUGAUUGGAAUGACAAAGAGAUCGAUGUUUUGAACAAACAUUUGUUUUUCACUUCAAAACCCAUGAUUUAUCUGGUUAACCUCUCUGAAAAAGACUACAUUAGAAAGAAAAACAAAUGGUUGAUAAAAAUUAAAGAGUGGGUGGACAAGCACGACCCGGGUGCUUUGGUCAUUCCUUUUAGUGGGGCCUUGGAACUCAAGUUGCAAGAUAUGAGUGCUGAGGAGAAACAGAAGUAUCUGGAAGAGAACAUGACACAAAGUGCUUUACCAAAGAUCAUUAAGGCUGGAUAUGCAGCACUCCAACUAGAAUACUUUUUCACUGCAGGCCCAGAUGAAGUGCGUGCAUGGACCAUCAGGAAAGGGACGAAGGCUCCUCAGGCGGCAGGGAAGAUUCACACAGACUUCGAAAAGGGAUUCAUUAUGGCUGAAGUAAUGAAAUAUGAAGAUUUUAAAGAAGGAGGUUCAGAAGCUGCUGUCAAGGCUGCUGGAAAAUACAGGCAACAAGGCAGGAAUUACAUCGUGGAGGACGGAGAUAUUAUCUUCUUUAAAUUUAAUACACCUCAGCAACCCAAGAAGAAAUGAGUAUCAGACGUUGUUCGUUUGCUCAGAAAUAAACUGUGCUGCUUCAAAAAGCAUAUGAAUUUUGAUUUGGGAUGGAAUAUCUGGAAACAAAAAGCAUCCAGUUUCUACCUAGGGAACCUUCCCCUCCCCCAGUGAAAUCAUUCUUGUUUGUUUUGAAUUAAAAUACGGCACCUCCGGUGAACAUGCAAGUUCACUAAAUGUGAACAGCUUUGCAUUUGAAACGAUUAAGACCCUACUCCAAAUUGUAGAAGCUUUUCAGGAACCAUAUUACUCUCAUGAUACUUCAUUAAUCUCCAUCAUGUAUGCCAAGCCUGACACGUUUGACAGUGAGGACAAUGUGGCUUGCUCCUUUUUGAAUCUACAGAUAAUGCAUGUUUUACAGUACUCCAGAUGUCUACACUCAAUAAAACAUUUGACAAAACCA